AUGGUAGCCCUGAACAAACAAUUAAGGGAAAUUGAAAAAUAUGUGGCUGGAGCUCAAACCAGAGCAUUAGAUGGGCCAGUACAUGAUGCACAACCUGGGGAUUAUGUAUAUGUUAAGUCUUUUGCAGAAAAAAGCCUGGAACCACAGUGGGAAGGACCCUACCAGGUGCUCCUCACUACCUUUACUGCAAUCAAGAUCAAAGAACAGAAGGCCUGGAUCCAUCACACCCGAGUGAAGAAAGUCCCUGAGGGAGUCUGGAAAGUGACACCAAGUGACAAUGAGCUGAGGUUGAAGCUCACCUGCAACAGUGAAUAA